AUGAUGAAAAGGGUAUUAAGGAAUGCAUUCCAUUUUUUAGUUGUUUACUUUUUUAUAAAUAUAAAACUAUAUUCUUGUGAAAAAAUUAAAUUAAAGACAGUUGAUAUAAAUAAGGAGUCACAAUAUGGGGUAGUUAAAAAUAAGAUCGAAAAAUUUAAUCAUAAAAAGCUAGUAUUCAUAACAAAUAUAAAAAAUUAUGAACAAGCAUACAGUAAUUUUUUAAACAUAUUUAAGCCAGAAAAUGAUGAUAUAAAUUUUAUUAAAAAGGUAGUAUAUGUUGAUGAUAAAAAUUGGAAUGAAAAAGAAUCUGAGAUAUAUAAAGAAGAUAAAAAUAGUGAGAAUAAUUUAUCAAGUGAUGACACAUCAAGUUAUAAGACUAGUUAUAAAAGUUUGUUGAAUAAACUUGAUUAUUCUUUAUAUGAUGGAUUAGUAAUAAUAUUAGAUAUUUUAAAUGAUUAUUUUGUUCAAAAUGUAGAUAUAAAAUAUAUAAAAUUGUUUAUAGAAAAAAAAAAAAAUAUAUUUUUAAGUCUAAAUACUGUUAUAGGUAAAAAGGCAAACAACUUCUUAAAAGAAUUAAAUAUACAAGUAUAUGGUAACCAUUCAUAUGUGAACAACCAUUUUAAUAACUUUUUGUUAAAAAAUAAAACAAAAAAACUCGAAAUGGAUAUAAAUAAUGACAAAAAAGACUACACAUUUUAUACUAACAGAUUAAUAAAAGAUACUCCAAUUAUAAAAAAUAAAGAAAUAAAUAAUAUAUUAUUUAAAGGAACUGCUCAUACAAUAUUGUUAGAAAAUAAAUACUACCUAGAUAUAUUAGAGUGUACAAAAACAUGUUUACUAUAUGAUAAGGGUCAUAAUAUUUUAAAAAAAAAAAAACAAGGAGAAGAAUUAUCAUUAAUAUCAUCAAUUCAAUUGGAAAAUAAUUCGAGAUUAAUUUUUUCAUCAUCUUCAGAAAUAUUCUCUGAUAUAUUUUUUAUUUUAAAUGAACAAAAUAAGAUAUUUACCAAAAAUUUAAUUAUGUGGAAUUUUAAAAUGAGUGGCAUAAUUCGAUACAAUAAUUUUAAAAUUUUUCAAGACAAACAUUAUGAAAAUAAUAUUGACAAAUUAAAAGAAACACACACUUUUUUCAUAAAUGAUUAUUUUCACAUGAACAUUGAUUUUUAUGAAUUAAUAAACAAUUAUUGGGUACCAUAUAAAAAAAACGACAUACAAUUUAACUUGAUUAAAAUUGAUAUUAUACAUAGGGAUUUUUUAGAUAUGUAUACUUGUGAUGAUAAUCCAACUUAUUAUAAAAAAUUUAAAUUACCAACCAACCAUGGGAUAUAUAAAUUACAAAUAUACUAUUUAAGAAAAGGUUACAAUAUUUUAGAUCUGGAGUAUUUUAUACCAGUUCGAACAUUACUACACUAUGAUAAAAACAAAAAAGUUAACUUUAAAAAUUAUCCGUUUUAUUUAUAUAUAUAUAUAUCUUUAUUUUGUUUUUUUUUAUUUGUUUUAAUCAUGUUAUUUGACAAUUCAGAAUAUGAAGAAAUAACAAAUGAUAAAAAAAAUAAUUAA